AUGAGGAGAUGGAUGUUUGAACAGGACGACGACGCCGAGGAGCCUGAUUGUGAUUUAGAUGGUCUUGGCUCCUACUAUGAUGAUAUGGAUAACACCGAUCAGGAUUGGGUUCCCCCAAAGGACCCUAGUAAGGCUGUUCUUCGGAUGCCUAAACUAGAUUACAUUCGCACUGACCUUUACACCGGUUUUGGUAUUAGGUAG